GUAAAUCCCUAGAUCCUGUAGGUUGUUAUUUAUAAUUAUUUAGCUGAUUUUUUUGCUUGCUGCUACAAAUCUGAGAAUGACAACAAGGUAUUUCAGAGACCAAUCAUCAGAGUUAGAUAAUUCUGAAGAAGUUAUCAAGGUGAAAGAAAAAAGGGUAAACCUGAAGAAUAAUUCAGACAAAAAAUUCAGAAAGAAGUCAAAUGAUGCGAAAAGUGAUCCAUUCCCUGGAGCCGCUCCAAUUCCAGAUGAGAAAGUUGAACUUCACAAAAGAGGAUCCACAAAUCAGACAGAUGUUACUAACGUUAAAUUAAAAGGGAAGUUGAUUUCUCAAGAGAAAAAAUAUGAAGAAGCUGCAGGUCAGGCUGCAAGACAUGAAUUAUUUUUAACAGAGGAAGCUGGUUUUCUAGAGGCUGAAGAAGGAGAAGAAACAUACACAAUUCAUCAGAGCGAGAUUAAAAAUCAUGUCGACAUUGCAAGUGCUAGAAAACAAUUUGAAUUGAACUUGAAGCAAUUUGGUCCUUAUCGAAUGAAUUAUACUCGUAACGGAAGAUAUUUAUUGUUAGGCGGAAAAAGAGGACACGUUGCUGCUUUCGAGUGGAACACGAAGAAAUUAUUGUGCGAAAUCAAUGUUAUGGAAUCUGUCAAUGAUGUCAGAUGGCUGCACACAGAAAAUAUGUUCGCCGUCGCUCAGAAAAAAUGGGUUUAUGUAUAUGACAAUCAAGGUGUUGAACUUCAUUGUUUGAAAAACAUGCAUCAACCUCUUCGUCUUGAUUAUCUGCCCUAUCAUUUUUUAUUAGUGUCAACGACAAAUGAAGGAUUUCUUCAUUACCUUGAUAUUUCAAUUGGAAAGAAUAUUGCAUCAAUACGAACCAAAGGAAGAAGACUCAAUGUUCUUGCACAAAAUCCGUACAACGCAAUCAUGUUAACUGGACAUCAUAACGGAACCGUUUCAAUGUGGAGCCCAAAUAUGAAAGAACCUCUUGUACAAAUGCUUUGUCACAAAAGUGCUAUCAGAGCUAUUGCAGUGGAUAAAACUGGAUUAUACAUGGCUACAUCUGGACAAGAUGGAAAAAUGAAGAUUUUUGAUAUUCGUACAUAUCGUCCAUUACAUGCAUACCGAGUAAUGUCCAGUCCUUCAAAUCUCAAGUUUAGCCAGCGUGGUUUAUUAUCAGCAACAUGCAGUAAUAUUGUAGAAGUAUAUCGUGAUCCCUGCCGAGAGAUUCAGAAAUCACCAUAUCUUAUUCACAAGCUGGCUCAUCCAGCUGAAACUAUUGAAUUUUGUCCUUAUGAAGAUGUGCUUGGUAUAGGAAGAGAUGAUGGAUUUGAAAGUAUUCUUGUGCCUGGUGCUGGGGAACCUAACUAUGACAGUAUGGAAUCAAAUCCAUAUAGAAGUAAGUCUCAACGAAGAGAAUGGGAAAUCAAGGCAUUGAUGGAAAAAAUACAACCAGAUAUGAUCACACUUGAUCCUCAUCAAAUUAGUGCAGUUGAUAGAGUUACUGCACAGCAAUUAAGGAAAGAUAAAGAGGAACGAAUGGGCUUUGUGAAGGAAGAGAAAAAGUUUGAGCCUAAAUUCAAGAAAAAGGGUCGAAGUUCUGCUGGGAAUAUUGAAAAAAGAAAACAAGUUGUUAAAGAUUCUGAACUUCGAGAUAAAAUCAAAAAGGACAUGGAUUUGAAAAGAAAAAUUACAGAACAACCGAAAGAUGAUGAAAACAGCAAUCCUUAUACUUUUGAGGUUUCUGGUGGCAAAAAUGUUAAAAAAUCAGCAUUAUCACGAUUUGUCAAGAAGAGUUGAUGUCCUAGUCAUGCACAAUCAGAUGAUGAGUCAAAGCAUACAAGGAAGAUUCAAUUUCACUUUAGUCAAAUUGUCCUUAAAUAUGAGCCACAAAUUGGCGAAUCAUGUGUAAUAAAUAUGCCAUUCCAACCUGUGAGGCAAUAAAAUAAAUCGAAGUUUCCAAGAAUUUGAAAUUUACAAACCUAACCUCGUAAUAUUCGCUGGUAGUGCCAUAAAAAGAAACCACCAACUUUUCAGACCAUAAUGUCGCAUGCGAGUGCGACCUGUCCUAUGAAUCCCCAUUUAUUCGUAUAUUAUUUUUUCAAACAUCUAAGGCGACUAAAAAUAUAAACCUAACACUACGAAGUGUAGGAACCCUUCUGUAUGCCAUCUCGUGGAUGAAAAAUCUCUAAAAUUCAAUGAAAAGGCAUGUACCAAUUCAUAAGUCCCUAACCGGCGUAGGUGAGAGAAUGUACUUCGCUCUAUUCGUCAAUGCCACUUCAGCUGUAAACGGUUCGUGAAUGUCAUUUAAUGCUUUCAUAUAAUGCUUUUUCUGUCACCGUGGCUUCAUAUUUCUAGAAAUUCUCGUAGUUAUGUUGUUGAACUUACGAUAGGUAUUUGUCAUAAGUGGAGCGUUUGUAUGUGUCGUUUGGGUUCUUAGGCUGAUAUUUGCCGGGUGUCUCAAAUAUGUCGUAACCAACUUGUCCCAGGGCAAAGUGAGACGAGACAUUUUCGAGACACCGAUAUUUGUCUAAUUCAAUCAACCGAGAGAGUUUUCUCAAAUGUUGUCAAGCGCAUUCAAUUUUACCGCCGAAAUAAAAGUUGUGCUUUUA